UUGAAUGCAAUAAGACUCUGUACUAACGGAGAUCGUAAUGGAGAAAUCGGUGUAUCACAUUGCUAGCCGCUUGGGCUUUGCUCGCAUCAUCGAUGAGAUCGUGCUCUGAGAGAUUACUCGGUUAGAGGAUAAUUUCUGACCAUAGUCUACGAACUGUAUGAUAAGCAUGUACCUUUGCGUACGUACAUCCAGGAUAUGCGCAGGAGCGGUCUUGCAUUUGGAUUCAGCUGUCCGGGUGGAGGCAGUGCUUACAAUGAAAUGCCUGACCUUUUUGAACUUCAGUAAAUAAAACGUUUGGAUGUUAGCUAACUUGAAAGCAUCACUGUAUUUUGUGUCUCGUUUGGAGACGAAACGUUUUGGCUACUAACAAAUUUUCUGCUCUGUAACAUGUUUGUGAGUUAUAGUAGCUAGACCAGUAAAUGUAUGGAGUCAUGAAGAUAAGAAACAUUAAGCUGCGCGAAAGAAUUUUUUGAGGCCCUGGUGGCACCAGAGCCUCAAAAACUUCUUUCGCGCAUGCAGCAGGCUGGUGCAUGUGGGGAACAUCGUUUGGACCUUGGAUUUCUACUCACGCCGGUAACCGGAGAGUGUUUAGUGCAGAUUUGAAGAUUCGUCGUAAAUACAAAAGUAUGAGCUUACCUUUGAGUUUUAUGAUUGGCGAGGAGGAGGACGGGAGCCAGCAAUAAGCCAAAGGAUACUGAAUUGCACCUGUUGCCUCUACUAGCAGUUUUUUACGCCUUCUUAGGACAGGAGGAGAUUCUAAGUGUAGAGGAAAGGAGAUAUCCUCACAACAAUCAAAUAACCGCAUUGCAUUGGAAGGAGGGAAUACGGAGCCUUCACAUGACAGCAAUGUGCACUCAUGUUUUCUUGUUUCUCCUUGGCACCAAAUCAUUGUCAAAUUUAGGUGUUGAUAAAUGUACAUCACCUUUUUGAUAUAUGGACAUCACACUCUCCUUCUCGUGCCAUUGCCCCCGUAAUAGCUUUUGCCCGUAGUGAAAGCUACGAGGUGAAGAUUGGGAGAUCAGUGAAAAUCGGCAACCGCAAGGAAGGAGAAGUAAAGAGUAUGCAUAUGUUUUAUGGUCACGGCAAGAAGCGUAUACUCAAGGAGAUCUACAUCCGAAGUAGAACGACGGACGAACAUACUGUCCCUUUGAAGUAGUAGUAAGACGAGACUUGGGAGAAGAUGAUGCCAGUGGCGGUUUUGAUGAAGCAACCGUCACCACUGGCAGAGAGCAAUGGAACAGGAAAACUCCUGAUGUUAUGCUCUGCAAAUUGAUGGCAACCACCACAUUUCCUUCUCUUUGGCGGAUUGCUUGCAGCCCCUUCUCUUUCAAAGGCUGUGGGAUCGCGCUGGUUGGAAUUUUGGCUCCGAAUUUCCUUGUUCAGCGCACCAGCAGGUCGUCCUUUGGGUCGCAUGAUGGUAGGUUCUGAGGGUGACAUGUACGUCGUCGCAUUUCAAGAGCUCGCUUUAAACCAUGUUGCUGAUGAGGAAGCAUGUGGUCGUGCCUGUCCACAAGGUUGCCUAUAAGUUGUCCAAAGCUUCUCUCAGGUGCGCACUCUGCAGAUCCGGAGAUGACGAGUGCCGGGGCCGAAUCACAG